AUGCCAGCGACAGACCGGAACCGAACUCGGUUGCUGGAUUCGUCGGCUUGCGUGAGGAGGGAUCUAGCUCAGAGGCCUGACUCGACCGACUCGAAGGCAUCAAACCAGUCUCCGUGGCUGCAGACGGACGACGAGACUGUCAAGAGCCGGACGAGAGUGGGGCGGGAGGAUGGAUGCCCGCCCUGCAACACGACGGUCACGAGGGCGGUUGUCGUCGGCGACAGCAACCGCCAUGUCGACCUCGACGCCGCGAAUUCUCCCGUUCAGACGAGCCGGACUCGUCGGUUGCCGUUGACCGGACGCUGUCGACUCUGUGAUCUGGCCUCGACGAGUCCUGUCGCCGUGGAGUCGGCUCGAACCGCGCCACUCUCCUCGUCCCCGCUGACGCCCACUCACUGCUCGUGGCGGACAGCCGCUGCGACGCCCCGCUUUCGCAGAAGCCGAGAUCGACUCUGCUUCAAUCCGAAUCCUCCAGUCGAGGCCCGCCUUUUGCACGGGCUGCCGAAGAAUGGCUGUUCGGUUUGGCGAACUCUCGACCCAACGACCCUUCGGUCAGGAAACAUCAAACCGCCCCCGGAGAAGCAGACGACACCAUCCGUCCGGUCGUCGGGCCGGGCUCGCUGCUGGCGGACAGUCUUGAGCUGGUGGGCCGGGCCUCGAACCAACCUUGAAUGGAGGUUUUGCGGACCUAUCGUACAACGGCGAAUCGGCUCGAGGCUGUACACACAUGCACACAUGCACAUGCGCACGUACAGACCCGUCUUGCCCCUUGACCUAUCCAUGCCACUUCUCGGAAUGGGGUUAACCGCUCGCCACCUCCCCGUUACCGACGGUGCUAGGCGGAGACUGGAGUCGCGAGAUCGUUCAGACGGUUUAGCGGUACCCUUCAAAUGA